AUGAGCACUCAAGACCGACUGCGCGCCUACCGCCAUCUUUACCGGGCCGCGCUCAAAGCUGUCUGCUACGCGAGCCCAGCACGCUACGAGGUUCGAGACAUCCUUCGCGAGUCAUUCCGUUCCUCUCCGGCGACGAGCUUCAAUUCGCGACGGGUCGAGAACACGCUGCUUUUCCUUAAAAAUGCGGGCUUAUAUAACGGCUACGAGCACAAGAUCCUCAAGAACCUGUUGCACCUCAAGUUCUUCCGGGAUAGAAGAUUCGACAAACAAUUGCUUAGAAGAUCGAACAGCGACUACGCAAUAGAGGCACGAAAGCACAUCUGGCUUCAAUACCGCGCCACGUUGACGAUGCUGAACGAGAGCCUGGAUAUUUGUCUCGCGUUCUAG